AUGCAAGCAUGCCUUUCUUGCGAAGUUUUUCCCACGUCAAGAACUGCUCAGCUAAGGAACAACAUUGCGAGUUUCACUCAACAAACCGGUGAAACAUUCUCAGAGGCAUAUGAGCGAUUCAAGGGAUAUCAAAUGAAGUGUCCUCAUCACGGCUUCUCCAAAGAGAACUUACUAAGCACGUUGUACAGAGGAAUCUCCCCUAAGUACAAGAUGCAUUUGGAUUCAGCUAGUAAGGGUCAUUUUAUGGGAAUGGAUGUAGAUGAUGGGCUCGCUUUGGUGGAGAAUGUUGCUCUUAGUGAUGGAAACUAUCCAGAGGAGUAUGAUCGAAGUGAUAGAGGAGAUAGCUCAGUCAAUGAUGAAAGCACAAGAAGGAGAUCAAAGACAUUGAAUGACAAGCUUGACAAGAUCUUGACUGGCCAACAAAAGCAAGUUCACUUUGUUUGUGAGGAUGAUGUGAACCAAGAGGGGGAGGACCAACAAACUGAGGAAGUGUGCUAUAUGAGUAAUCAGGGAGGUUACUACAAGGGUUACAACACAAACAACAACACGAACCUCUCUUACCGCAGCACCAAUGUGGAGAAUCCACAAGACCAGGUCUACCCACCUCAACAAAACCAAAAUCAAGGGGGCCAACAAACUGUUUACUUCAAGCGUGGUUACCCACCAAAGGUUUUUGGAAUCAGAACCAAGGCUCAACUCAAGCUCAAGCAGGGAGCAACUCAAGUCAAGACUGAUAUGAAGACCAUGCUUCAACAAUUAAUCAAAGGGCCAAACAAGUGGUGCUACUGA